AUGGGUUUGAACAACGUUACUAGACCAGAUUUAGCUGUUCGUUAUAACCAUGCUCCAUUACCAAGAGAUUCUUCUGUUGCUACUGCUGGAUUUGCUGGUGUGAUUAAUCAAUCUAUGCCAAUGGCAGCUAUGUUUUUAAGAAAUAAAUUUGUUGCUUGGUUUGCCUUAAUUCAAAGUUUCCAUUAUUACUUGAACAUUGAUUCUGAUGACAUUGCCAAAAUGAAGAAAGCUGAUAGCAAUGGUAUGGAUCAACCUCCAUCUAUUCGUGUAUUGCUUUCUUUGGUUUCUUUGAUUGUUUCUUAUCUAGAAUUGAUUUAUCCACAACCUGCACCUCCUUUACCAACUGAUAAUGCAAGUAAGUCUGAAGAGACUAACACUGCUACUGAAUAA